AUGGCGGAACCCCUGUAUCUGACUCAUUUGGGCGCUGCAUAUGUAGCUGCAGAACUGGCUAUACCGGAACCAACUGUCAGACUAGAGUGUGCACAAGCGCUGAUAUUAACUGUCAAAAUGGCGGAACCCCUGUAUCUGGCACCUUUGGACGCUGCGCAUGUAGCUGCAGAACUGGCUAUACCGGAACCAACUGUCAGACCAGAGCUGCAGAACUGGCUAUACCGGAACCAACUCUCCUUUGGACGCUGCGCAUGUAGCUGCAGAACUGGCUAUACCGGAACCAACUGUCAGACCAGAGUGUGCACCAGCGCUGACAUUAACUGUCAAAAUGGCGGAACCGCUGUAUCUGACUCAUUUGGACGAUGCGUCUGCAGCUGCAGAACUGGCUAUACCGGAACCAACUGUCAGACUAGAGUAUGCACAAGCGCUGACAUUAACUGUCAAAAUGGCGGAACCCCUGUAUCUAGCUCCUUUGGACGCUGCGCAUGUAGCUGCAGAACUGGCUAUACCGGAACCAACUGUCAGACCAGAGUGUGCACCAGCGCUGACAUUAACUGUCAAAAUGGCGGAACCGCUGUAUCUGACUCAUUUGGACGAUGCGUCUGCAGCUGCAGAACUGGCUAUACCGGAACCAACUGUCAGACUAGAGUAUGCACAAGCGCUGACAUUAAUUGUCAAAAUGGCGGGACUGCGAUAACUAGCACCUUUGGGCGCUGCGCAUGUAGCUGCAGAACUGCCUAUACCGGAACCAACUGUCAGACCAGAGUGUGCACAAGCGCUGAUAUUAACUGUCAAAAUGGCGGAACUGCUGUAUCUGACUCCUUUGGACGAUGCGUCUGCAGCUGCAGAACUGGCUAUACCGGAACCAACUGUCAGACUAGGGUAUGCACAAGCGCUGACAUUAACUGUCAAAAUGGCGGAACCCCUGUAUCUAGCUCCUUUGGACGCUGCGCAUGUAGCUGCAGAACUGGCUAUACCGGAACCAACUGUCAGACCAGAGUGUGCACCAGCGCUGACAUUAACUGUCAAAAUGGCGGAACCGCUGUAUCUGACUCAUUUGGACGAUGCGUCUGCAGCUGCAGAACUGGCUAUACCGGAACCAACUGUCAGACCAGAGUGUGUACAAGCGCUGAUAUUAACUGUCAAAAUGGUGGAACUGCUGUAUCUGACUCAUUUGGACGAUGCGUCUGCAGUUGCAGAACUGGCUAUACCGGAACCAACUGUCAGACUAGAGUGUGCACAAGCGCUGACAUUAGCUGUCAAAAUGGCGGAACCCCUGUGUCUGGCUCCUUUGGAAGCUGCGUCUGCAGCUGCAGAACUGGCUAUACCGGAACCAACUGUCAGACUAGAGACUGUUCUACUCAAAUCAUAUGCCAGAACUCCGGAACAGCGAUUGAACAGUUUGGUAGUUGCACAUGUCGCUGCCCUGUCGGUUACUCAGGACCAACUUGUGCGAACGUUGACUGCACAACACAGAUUACCUGUCAGAAUGGCGGAGUGGCAGUCAACCAGUUUGGUACAUGCAGAUGUCAAUGUCCUUUUGGAUACACUGGGACUAACUGUCAAACACAAGACUGCUCCAGAUUUAUCAACUGUGCAAACGGCGGCAACGCAGUCCAGAGCUCAUUCGGUGGUAACUGUGAGUGCAGAUGUACCUCCCAGUUCACUGGCCCUACCUGUCAAACUCCAAUCGACCCGUGUGCCUCCUUCUCGUGUCUGAACAACGGACGUGUCAGUCAGCAGAACGGACAGUGUGUCUGCAUCUGUCCCUCCGAUUACACAGGAACUCGCUGUGAAACACGAUUCUGCGAUGGUCGCCAGUUCUGUUUGAAUGGGGGAACCCCCCAACGUGUCCCUCUACCGUCCAAUGGCGUCUGUCCAUGCACUUGUCUUCCUGGCUUCUCUGGUAACCAGUGUGAAACAGGUCCCCAGUGCUCGCUGACCUGUCGGUUCGGUACCCUAGUCCAGGCCACAGCCAACAGACCAUGCUUCUGUCAGUGCAACCAGGGAUACACAGGAGAGCAGUGUGACGCUUGCGCAUCAAACCCAUGCCAAAACGGAGGAUUCCCAUCACCGAACGCACAGUGCAACUGCGCAUGCCCAGUAGCAUUCAGCGGACAAUUUUGCCAAACCCCCGUCUGUGAUCCCCAACUCUGUCAGAAUGGCGGUACACCGGUCGUGAGUGGCGGACGCUGUGUGUGCCAGUGCCCCAAUGGAUUUACUGGGCAAUUUUGUGGAGCUCGAAUUCUUAUACCUUGCGACCCAAGCGCGUGCCAGAACGGCGGAACCAACACGCGAAUUGGAAACACCUGCAGAUGCCAAUGCCCCGUGGGAACUUCCGGUCUCAACUGUGAACAAGCUUGCGACCAACGAGCGUGCCAGAACGGCGGAACCAACAGGCCAUUUGGAAACAUCUGUAGAUGCGUCUGCCCCGUGGGAACGUCUGGUCUCAACUGUGAAAUUGUCCCACCAGAUUGCAGUCUGACCUACUGCGAGAACGGCAGAGUUGUGUCCUCCAAUGGCAUCUGCUCGUGUAGCUGUGACCCUGGUUUCACUGGACUGACAUGCAGCGAUCAGCCUCCCACGUGUAACCUGAUCUGUCAGAAUGGAGGUGUCUUCGUUAGCAACCCGUGUUCCUGUCGGUGUCGCUCUGGUUUCACGGGGACUCUGUGCCAGUUUACUGUAAGGGCAGGUACCUGCGACAACUCCGAGGAACUCUGCGGCCCAGGAGGCGUGGCCACCACGGACUGUCAUGGCCGCUGCGUCUGCACCACGUGUCCAAGAUUUAUGGGAGGACCACGAUGUGAUAUUGAACUGAGAGCCAACCUGUGUGAUGACUGCUCCUACCGGAACGGCAUUGGCUACACUGGUGUCCAGCAGAGAUGUGACUUGUUUGUGCGCUGUGUGGAGGCUGUUAGCGGGCCACCAGUGCCAACUAUCUUUGAAUGUCCUCCUGGAACUCUUUUCGAUCAGAGAACGCUUGUCUGCAACUUCCCCGACCAGGUCUCCUGUAGAGACGACUUUUGUAUUGGUAAAGCAAGCAACAGCACGUACUCCCAUAUCCGGGAGUGCCAACCCUAUUGGCGUUGUUUCAAUGGGAGGACCGCCCAGAGCAUGUGCUGUCUCCCCGGGCAGGGCUACGACCGUGGACUUAGUCGCUGCGUCCCCGACCCCAACUGCGGCGAAACCUGCGCACGUGACGAGACCAGCAGGCCACCAUGUCCUGGAGAACAGAGAUGUAACCUCACACCUGACCCAGCUGAUCCGCAAGCCUUCUACAUGAUCACUAGGGAUACGAGGGAGAGAUUCCCUUGCGGCCCAGGCACCGUGUUUGAUCUGGACGCAUGCACAUGUGUGCAUGACACACGGCCCAGACAGAGAGUCGACUCCUGUGACAAUGCUGACUGGCCCAUUGAGUUUAACGAUAAAAGCAACAGCUCUUUCGUCUUCGAGAACGUCGAUCUGGUUACAAGAACUGGUGCCGACGGAAAGGCUGGCAACUUCACCGGUAACAGCCGUGUCUUCCUCAAUCCUUUCGCCAAGUCUGGCUUCCACAAUCCCGUGUUUGUGGCCCGUGUGCGCAUCCAAACAUCUCUCCUGACCCCAGGUCAGGAAUACGCCGUUAUCAGCAACGGUGACUGCAACGUCACUGCCAGCAUGGCCAUCACAGUACGCCCUACCAGCUCCGACAGCGGCCAAGCAUACUUCAAGGUGGUUGCUGAGGGUAACAGCCAAGAGACCGCAGUCGAUCUUCAGUAUACAACUGAUGCUGGCUGGGUCACUCUAGAGUUAAGGUAUGUCCGUACUGAGGGCGGGUCCUACGACUUGACAGGAAGUGUAAAGGGAGCAGGUGGAGUCAGACGGACUGACACAGUGACACUUGGAGGUAAAAUCUCCGCCCGUGAAUGUCCAGUACAGGUUGGCCAGGGCUACCUGUAUAGGUCGUUUGAAGGCUUCAUCGACUGGGCUCGAUUCUGGAUUCUGUGCGACCCUGGCGAGCUGUUCUAGUUUCUACAAAUAAACAAAUGCUGAUACUGUUGAACUUGUUAAUACGAGUUCACACUAAACCUCUCACGUAAACUUCAUAUUCAUUCUGCAUCGUACUGUGCCUACCGCGGCUGACCUCAACUACAGCUAUCAUCUGUACCAUGUCCUGUGCGUCCUCGGCUGUGCCGACCUACUUACUGUUGGGUAGCUAACCCGCUUCUUAUGUGUUCCUUGUAACUUAUCACUGUCUAAAUAUGCAAUUGUCCUUCUUAUGGAGAUGUAAGCAGGUUUGUUAAAUUGAUAUUGGGCACAGUUAUGUGCUAUAUUGUACAUGUUAUAUCUGAAGUGUUGCAAAUACAAUUCUGCAAUUAGA